AUGGAGCUUAUUGCUGCUGCUAACAGAAUUAUUAGACAAUUGGAGAGCUCUCAGUAUGCAGACAUUCUAGCUCCUGCAUUCCGUGCUUCGCUGAGUUAUCGGCUAAGAAAUUUGGUCGAGUCUUACCUGGCCUUUGAAAAAGCUGCCAAUGCUUUUAUUCUGGAAUUCCGAAAUUGGGAAUCAGCAUGGGCUUUGGAAGCCUUAUGCGUGAUUGCAUAUGAAAUUAGGAUUCUAACCGAGCAGCUAAGAGCUGAUAAAGAGCUGGCUUCAAUAAGGAAAACCCCGGAGAAAUUGAAAAGUGCUGGCUCUUUCCUCAUGAAAGUGUUUGGUGUUCUUGCUGGAAAAGGACCAAGGCGCAUUGGAGCUUUAUAUGUUACGUGCCAGCUGUUUAAGAUUUAUUUCAAGCUCGGGACAGUCCAUUUAUGUCGCAGUGUGAUAAGAAGCAUUGAAACAGCUAGGAUUUUCGACUUUGAGGAGUUUCCUGUAAGGGAUAAGGUCACCUACAUGUAUUAUACUGGUCGUUUAGAGGUGUAUAAUGAGAACUUUCCGGCUGCUGACCAUAAAUUAUCUUAUGCAUUAAGUUAUUACAGUCCUCUGAAGGAAGCAAAUAUAAGGUUUGGUUAGGUUCUGCUUUUAA